AUUCCUAGGAUCCCGCCCGGUGCGUACUACGCAAUAUACAUAGCCCGCGUGGAAGCCCUGAAGCGAUUCAUCAGCCGGUCUCUACGUCCACUGCGCCUCCUGUCCCCGGAGCUCCAGGUCUACAAUGGCAGCGGCCGCCAGCCCCGCGUUCCUUCUGUGCCUCCGGCUUCUGCACCUGCUGUCUGGCUGGUCCCGGGCAGGGCGGGCUGACACACACUGUCUUUGCUAUGACUUCAUCAUCACUCCUAAGUUCAGACCUGAACCACAAUGGUGUGAAGUUCAAGGCCUGGUGGAUGAAAGGCCUUUUCUUCACUAUGACUGUGUUAACCACAAGGCCAAAGCCUUUGCUUCUCUGGGGAAGAAAGUCAAUGUCACAAAAACCUGGGAAGAACAGACUGAAACCUUAAGAGAUGUGGUGGAUUUCCUUAAAGGGCAACUGCUUGACAUUCAAGUGGAGAAUUUAAUAUCCAUUGAGCCCCUCACCCUGCAGGCCAGGAUGUCUUGUGAGCAUGAAGCCCAUGGACACGGCAGAGGAUCUUGGCAGUUCCUCUCCAAUGGACACAAGUUCCUCCUCUUUGACUCAAACAACAGAAAGUGGACAGUGCUUCAUCCUGGAGCCAAGAAGAUGAAAGAGAAGUGGGAGAAGAACAGGGAGGUGACUGUGUUCUUCCAGAAGGUUUCAAUGGGGGAUUGUAAGAUGUGGCUUGAAGAAUUUUUGACAUACUGGGAACAAAUGCUGGAUCCAACAAAACCACCCUCUCUGACCCCAGGCACAACCGAACCCAAAGCCAUGGCCACCACUCUCAGUCCCUGGGGCCUUCUCAUCAUCUUCCUCUGCUUCAUUCUAGCUGGCAGAUGAGGAGAGUUGUUUAGAGUGACAGGUGGAAGAUGAUAUCAAGAAGCCCUUGUUAGCCUGGUCUGGAUCCUGCUCUCCCUUCAGGGAGGCCGCCUGUCUACUCACCACUGUGCCUUUCUGGAAAGCAGGAGUUCAAGCCUUAGCAAGCCCACAGGCCCCAGCAGGUGAUGAGGGCAUUGUAGACUCAACAUCUCAUGCCACUCAUUACCUUUGCUCAUGGUCCCAGCAGCCAUUUUUCUUAACACCUUCUGCCACUUUCUCUCGGUGCUAAUGAAUGGAAUUCCUGCACACAUUUUAACUGAACAAGAAAUCCCAGCAAAAGGCAUUUUCUUUCUACUUCUUUGAUUGUGGAAAAGCAGACACUUCUCUGAAACAUGAUCUUAUUCUUCCAAACGGUAUCGCUAGUGAAAUAGCAUGCAGGACUUCAGACCUCAGGGAUCCUUUCCAUGCACUGACUAGGAAUUGUGAUAAUCCUUUUUAUUUUUAUGGCUUUUUACAGUUUCUCAUUCUGUCAACCAUAUUGAAGUCAAGUGGCAUAAUCAUCACUGGCUGUAAUCUCCAGCUCCUGGGUUCAAGUGAUCCUCUAGACUCAGCCUCUAGAAUAGCUGGGACUACAGGUGCAUGACACCAGGCCUGGCAAAUUGUUUUAUUUUUAGGUAGAGAUAGGGUCUUCCUAUGUUGCCCAGGAUGGUCUUCAAAUCUUGGUCUCAAGCAAUCCUACCACCUUGGCCUCCCAAUGCUCUGGGAUUACAGACAUGAACCACAGUGCCUGUUGUAGAAAUUUUUAAUUAUUUAAUAUGAAAAUAUUACAUUCAUGAUUAUUCAUUUAGGUUCAUGCACUAUGAACCCAAACCCAGCUCAAAGAGAUAAAAUCUAGUCAUUUAAGAUAAUCAUAAGUUGUAUGAUGAUAAUUGUAUAAAAAUUUGUAUGAUGAUAAUUGUAUAAUAAUUAUACAUGAAAGUGUCAAAACCCUAAAAUUAAACACUGUAUAAUGGAAU